AUGAGCAAUAAUGUGUUUAACCUUCAACGAGGCAUCCUCUUGAAUGAGACGUGUGAUGUUGUCACUGAUGAUGUUUGGGGAUCAGCUGUGUUAUCCUAUCUAUAUAGGGAGAUUUGUAAGUCCGUAGACGUGGAUGUUGAUGGAAUGGGAGGGUGUGUUGAACUGCUCCAAGCUUGGGGAUAUACUCGAAUGCCAUUUAUAGCACCCAUCACUCCGAUGCUACCAUCAUAUCCGUACGCUUCGAGGUGGGCGGCGAAAAAGAAAAAAAUUAGUGGUCACCCUCGCUAUCAUCUUGUUGGGUACCGUAGUAGAAUAGAUCACAUGGUCCAUGGAAAUUUUAUAUGGAGACCAUAUAUCAACUUACCGCCCUUGGACAACGACGACCACACAAUUUGGAAUGCAACCACGCCGAUGAUAUGCUUCUGGAUUAUCGAGUGGCAGCAGUCUGAUAGGGUCAAGUUGCAAUUUGAGCUCCAUCAAGAAAUACCAGGCAAACCACAUUGUCUUAAAGAACACCAUGAUAUGACAAUGAAAGAAUCAUGGAAAACACCAUAUACUCAAUUGUACUGGAGAUAG